AGUAUGAUCCGAAAAUGCCCUCGCAACCCCCCGAGUUUGGCUUAAUUACCGGAGCCUCAAGUGUGAGCAAGCAAAUCCAAUCGGUCUGGGCCGGCGGGCCAACUCCUCCGCCCGAGACUCCCUUCACGGCACUCUGCAGCAUGGGCUUAACGUUUGGGGUGCCGUCCAGACCAGGGUUUUUCCAGUAGAGCAAUAAUCCGCAGCGCCCCAGUCCAGAUUCCUUUUCGACAGAGAUGCCUGGCUGCCGAUCGAUUUGCAGAGACAGCCCCAUUCUGCUCGCAAAAAGUGGGGUAUCCGGAACUCGGAGGGCAGUGGAGAUCAAAAAGUGUUGCGGUCAGGAAGAUGUGCCACAUGCAAUAUCCCGUCUACCACAGUACAGUACUUAAAUUUUGGUUAGUUACGAAAAACCCCUCUUUACUAUAAGAACCGCUUAAACCCCCCUCCGUGGACUGUCAGCACGGAUAUCAGUCCAAUAUUUUCUCACUUCCCGAAUACCCACAUCAAGACGAACCUUUUUAGACGCCGUUUCUGCCCUCAUAUCAAAGCCACUCGCGCCGCUUUGUCUACCAUCAUACCGCUGCAAGCAAAUCUAAAAUGUGCCACUACAAGAACACCACAUUUUCUUGCGGCUGCCAGACUGAAGAGAACACUCUGAUAUGCGGAUAUGUCAAUGACGACCUGGCCCAGUGUAUGGCUGGCACUCAAGCGGACGAGGUCUCGGUCCCCAGAGUGUGUGGGAGGCAAUGCUGCAAGAAUUCACCCACCCGCGGAUCGUGAGUACUUCUCGUGGUGAUGUUAGGUACUGCCCUGUCGGCGGGCGAGACUAACAAAGAUUGGCUGCUAGAAACCUCAAAGCGCAAGAUAACCACAAGAGCAAGCAUGGUGACGAUGGGUGGUCCGAGGGGGGUGUGGGGGCUUCGGAACUCUAGAUGAUUCUGGAUCGAGAUCGGCCGCCAGGUGGAUUGUAUUCCAGGUCCUCCAUUCAAGGUAGAUGGCCAGGGCCGCCCAGCGAAGGGCCGCUUCGUUUGAUUUUCACUAAUCCGCGGGCCCCGCCACGCUUUGUGGCAAUAUCUCCGACUUCUUUUCCCUCCUUUUUGAACAAUCCUAAGCCUUUUUCUCAUUAUUCUUUCCAGAUCGCGUCUAUUGUUCACGCUCGAUAUCUUUACUUGCACUUUCUUCCGGGGCCAUUUCCACUUUUCAGCGCUUCUUGGGGGGAUAACUUUGAGUAGUUAAUCAGCAGUAUACAGUAUCUCAAUCGAAACACCAAAAACUAAAAACCAUUUUACCAUGGAUCCCUUCUUGGUCAUCACCAAUAUUAAUCUGUAAAAGCAGGAGCUCUGUGUGAGUUAAAGCAACUAGCCUCUCAUGAAAUCUGACACAGGGGGGAUGCCGGGCCCUGGAAGAACAGGCAUGGAUACGGUAUUGCAAAGCCAACUCGCUAAGUCUUAUCCUACCCCACAUUAGGCUCACCGCGAUCAUCCAGCGAAAAACGAGCGAUAUCGAUCUAUCGUUGGACCAGUCAACUUGUACGGUGACUGCCACAGUUCACCAUCCCAUCCUCCUUGCCCCCGCACGCCACCUGCAAAUGAACCGGUAUACGAGUACUAAAUCGGUUUAACUUAGUGAUCGCGAUGCAGCCUCCAUCGCGGCAAUUGUGAUAUUUUGGGGACUGAAAUGGAAGAGGAGGAUCAUUUACUCGGUCUGUGCUUGGAUAUCUCAAUUGCUUUUUUUUUUCCAAAUUGUACUCGAGUACUUGUAUCGGCAUUUGCGCGGAGAAUAAGUUGUUCAAUUGACUAUCACAAGCG